AUGAGCUUACAGUCAAACCUAAUCCGACAAGGAGGAAACUCUUCCUCGGCACGGCGCCCUCUGGAUCUGACAGAGGAGGAUGAGAUCAUCUGUAUUCCAGCAUGUGACCUAACUGCUGCGUCUGAACGUUUCAAAAAUACCCUAAUCGGAAGAGUCAUCCAUAGGGGAGGAAGAAGCGUCGAAGCAAUGAUUGCCCUUCUCCCGAGAGCACGCAUCUGGAAUGUGGAGGGGAGAGCUCGUGGUACGAACCUGGGUAACGACCGGUUUCAGUUCGACUUUGAUAAGGAAGAAGAUCUCCUCAUGGUCUUGAACAAGAGACCAUGUCACUUCAACCACUGGAUCUUCGCUCUGGAACAUUGGGAACCAUCCACAAGUGAAGAUUUCCCCAAUAUUAUCCCCUUCUGGAUUAAGAUCACUAGAGUUCCUGUCCACUUUUGGAAUGAUGGUACUUUCAAUGAAAUUGCUAAAGCUUUGGGGAAGAAGGAGAACAUUGGUGCAAAGAAUGCUCGUAUUCAAGUUUUUAUCGAUGCUGAUAGACCUCUUAAGCAGGAGGCAAGAGGAGGUUUUCCAAAUGGAGAUGUUGGAAAGGUCUCAACUGCCACUGCUUCGGGUGCAAGCGUAUUUCUCAUGAUAUCUACUCCUGCACGGAAGUGUCUCCGGAAGAGCGUGAGAAAAAGAUCAAAGAACUACGAGAGUUAA